AUGCAAUACCACGAUUAUCCUCUAUUCACUAAUGUCAGUUUACUCUCUGCUUGUGAUUGCUGCAAGUAUAACUUAGAUAACCUUUCUUUUCUUUUAUUCCAACACUCAAUUAUAAACAGAGAUUUACCAAGCCGUUUUCGAGCUCUAUUUACACUGCGUAACAUCGGUGGCAGCAAGGCCAUUUCUCAAAUUAACAAUUGCUUUAACGAUUCCUCCGCUUUAUUAAAACAUGAAUGUGCAUUUUGCUUAGGGCAGAUGCAGGAUCAAGAUGCAAUACCUGUAUUAAUCAGUUUACUGGAAGAUGAGAACCAAGAACCAAUCGUCCGCCAUGAAGCAGGAGAGGCAUUAGGCGCAAUCGGAGUACAUUCUGAAGAAUUGUUAUCGUUAUUACAAAAAUAUUGCAAUCAUCCCAUUAGAGAAAUUGCAGACACCUGUCAUCUUGCAGUAAAUCGCAUUCAAUGGUUAAAGACUCAUGGUGCGAAAGAAAACUUAAGCAAUAAUCCAUUUAACUCAAUCGACCCUGCCCCGCCUUGUAAGGAGGAUAACGUUAGUAAGCUCUACUCUAUUCUAACGAAUGCUGAUGAGGACUUAUUUAACCGAUACAGAGCAAUGUUUUCUUUACGUAAUAUGGCCACCGAUAAAUCAGUUAAAGCUUUGGCAGCAGCAUUAGAUGUAGAAGGCGCUCUCAUUAAGCAUGAAAUUGCAUAUGUCUUGGGCCAGAUGCAACAUCAAGCUGCAGUAGAAAGCUUAACUAAGCAUUUACAAGAUUCAACAGAACAUGCAAUGGUUCGUCAUGAAUGUGCUGAGGCUCUCGGUUCUAUCGCUACGGAAGCAUGCUUUGAAUUGUUACGAAAGUAUAUUUCCGAUAGUGAACCCCUAGUUCGAGAAAGCUGCAUUGUUGCUUUGGAUAUGUGCGAAUAUGAGCAAAAUCAUGAUUUUCAAUAUGCAAAUACUCUAACAAAUCUGAAAGAAUCAACUGUUUGA